GGAGUAGUUCCUGGCGAUUUCUUGGAGGGAUUUUGGAGUUGGGGGGGGAGACAGAGGGGCAGAGAGAGAGAGAUUUGAGAAUUGAUAGGUGGUCGAGUUGUGUUUGGCCGGGUGGAUAUGCGCAAGCAAAGUCGAGGAGCUUUAUCCCCCCGUCUCAUGUGGGAUUAUUGCCAGCAAUGGACAGAGGGAGGAAGGAGGUGCAGCGGCUGGCGUUUCUUGAUUGUCACGGCCUUAACCGCGCAGAGCAUCGCGAAGAGACCCCGACCUCUUUAACUGUCACAUUAGGGAACCUCUAAGAGCGUUUGGAUUAUAGGGAAAGCGAGUUGUCCACGUUGUUACAGAGACCCCGCUACGGUCGGAUCCAAAAAGAGGCGCAACCAUGACGACCGAGAACUCCCAGCAACAUUUGGAUCCAUCCAAUCCUCUGCGCUCCAGUCCAGCGGCCGGUGCUCUGCACGCAGCUCUGCUGAGCGCACAGCCAGUGAUGGAGAGCGCACACGCUGCACCAGCUAAAGGGAAGAAGGGAAACUCGGGCUUGAGGCGCCCAGAAAAGCCCCCCUACUCGUACAUAGCCCUUAUCGUGAUGGCAAUUCAGAGCUCGCCGACCAAAAGACUGACUUUGAGUGAAAUCUAUCAGUUCUUGCAGGCCCGCUUCCCUUUCUUCAGGGGAUCAUACCAGGGAUGGAAAAACUCAGUCAGACACAAUCUGUCUCUGAACGAGUGCUUUAUAAAGCUCCCUAAAGGUCUUGGCAGACCCGGCAAGGGGCACUACUGGACCAUCGACCCAGGGAGUGAGUUCAUGUUCGAGGAGGGCUCCUUUCGUCGCAGACCUCGGGGGUUCCGUAGGAAAUGCCAAGCUCUGAAACCAAUGUACAGGAUGAUGAACGGUAUCGGGUUUGGUGCGUCCAUGCUGCCACAAAACUUUGACUUCCAAUCACCUUCAGGCUCAUUAGCAUGUCACAACAGCUAUAACAUAGACUUGAUGGGUAAUCCAGUGCCGGGUGGCUACGAGGGACUGGGAGGGGGGCAUCCCGUCCCGCACAUGUCGUCGAGCACCGGGUCAUCGUACAUGGCUGCAUGUCAGGUGGCCUCUAACGCGGACUAUUGCCCGGACAGCAGCAGCAGCCCCCUGCAGUCCUCCCCAGCGAUGGUGGGCACUCUGGACUGUCAGUCGCCUUACGCAAACGCAGCCUCACACUGGAGUUCACCUGGUGUACCUUCAUACAUGAAACAGCAGUCGCUGGCAUCGGGCAGUCCCACUUCUACCGCUCUGCACGCGGGGAUGUCGUCUUACUCUCUGGAUCAGAGCUAUCUGCACCACAACGCACGAGAUUCUUCUGACAUUUCAGUGGGACUGUCUCGAUAUUCCAGCCACUCAGCUUCAGUGUGUGACAGGAAGGACUUCGUCUUGAACCUAAAUGGAAUCUCUUCCCUCCAUCCCAGCAGUGGGGGAUCCUAUUAUCAUCAUCAUCAGCUUCAUCACCAUCACCAGAGUGUCUAUCAGGACGUGAAGCCGUGCGUCAUGUGACAGAAGAAGACUUGAAAUGACCGAAAUGUCUACCACUCCUCAUCUAAAUCCAACCCUCAGGCAGAGCUAAUGGAGCAAAAAAAAAAAAAAAAAAAUUGGUGACGAUUUUAUUUUCUGAGGACUCAGUGUGGAAGCACAGACGGUUCUCUUUGGUGAACUUUGACCUUUUAAGGCUUUUUAGUAACGGUCAGGAUGUUGGGACUUGUUGUGGCACAUCGCGCUCUCAGUACACGACUGACUUUACGCACAUGGAUAAGCAAUAUUUACAUUUUUACUGAAAAAAAUACAUAGAACACGUACCUGAAUUCAUGUUUAUUCAUGCACUUAAUUUAGUUUUCCUGAUGUUACUGAAAUUGUUGCUGAUUUCCUGCAACGAGUCAUUA